AAGAUAUUCGUGAUUUUUCUCUAUUUUUCUUGAUUUUUCUGAAUUUUGGCUGAUUUUCCGGGUGUUAUUUUAUUCGUAAGUUGGUCGAAAAUUGUGAAUUUUAAGGAACUGUUUCUGUUUGCCGAGGCGUAAUUUUUAGAGUUUUUUGAUAUUUUUGCUUGAUCCGUUCGUGAGUUUGGUGAAUUCUGCUGAAUUUCGGAGGUUUUAUAUCAAAAAAGCUGUUUCCUUUUUCAACUUGUUUCACUGUGUUUCUUUUAUUUUUACUUUUUUCAAUUUUUCGAAAUUUCAAUUUCGCGUUACUAAAUUUAACUAUUUUUUCCUGUUUUUCUGAACAAAUUGUUUUCUUCCUAUUAUUCAAUUCUCGACAAAUUAGUUUCUUUUUCUUUUUUCUUACUCCAAUUUCGGAAGUUAUGGAUUCCUUUUUUGAUAAUUACUGGAAAUGGCGUCACUGGUUAGGGUUUUGAGCUCAGUUAAAGCUGCUUCCAUUAACUUCUGAUGAUGAUCUGCGAAUUUUGUUCGCUCCGAUUUCUGAUGCUCAGGUAAUUUCCGAAAAUUUGGCCGAAAAAAAAAAUGUCUGGAUCAUCUGAAGCUACGGCGGCGAUGUCCAACCGGGAGCCGUUCAGCAUGAGCUCGCCGUCGCCGGUGAUGAACCCGGUGGCUUCGCAACCGCAGCUGGACCAGCAAAUGCACAUGUCUUAUAUGAACUCCGACGGCGGCGGUGCAUUCAGGCAAGUUGGAUCGUCGCCCCCGCCGUUUCAAUCUGUCCCCGCUGGCGCCACCGUAAUAAGCCACUCCACCUCCGACCAGAAGCGGAAGAGGGGCCGGCCAAGGAAGUACGGGCCCGAUGGCAGCAUGAACGUUCCAUUGGGUUCGCCUCAGCCUCCCAUCAAUGCGGCUAUGCCGCAGCAUCAGCAGCAGCAGAAUUUCUCCCCUCCGCCGGUGGCGGCAGCGGUGGCUCCUCUAUCUACACAGCUAGAGAGCCUGCCGUCGAUGGAUGGGUCGGGCUCGCCCAUGGCCAAGAAGGCCAGAGGCAGGCCCCGUGGUUCGAGGAAUAAAGUAAAGCAGCAUUCGGAAGCCUUAGGUUCAACUGGUAUCGGUUUUGUACCACAUAUUCUCAAUGUGAACGCUGGAGAGGAUAUUGCCUCAAAAAUAAUGGCCAUUUGCCAGAACGGACCCAGGGCAGUUUGUGUUCUCUCUGCCAAUGGGGCCAUAUCUAUGGUAACGCUUCGCCAGCAAGCAACAUCUGGUGGAACUGCCACCUAUGAGGGUCGGUGGGACAUCUUAUCGCUCUCUGGAUCAUUUAUGCUAACUGAAGUUGCCGGUCAGAAAAGCAGAACCGGUGGAUUGAGUGUUGCUUUAGCUCAACCUGACGGAACAGUUAUGGGUGGUUGUGUUGCCGGUUUACUGGUUGCAGCGUCCCCUGCUCAGGUCAUAGUGGGAAGCUUUAUGCCUGAUGGUCAGAGGGAAGUUUUGACAAACUAUGUGGAACCUUCAUCAGCUCCAAGAGUGAACCAAGGUGGUGGUGCUGGUGCUAGCAGCUCGCCAUCACGCGGAACUCUCAGUGAAUCCUCGGGUGGACCUGCAAGUCCACUAAAUUUGAGCUCCGGUGCUUACAACAUCACACAGGGCAUGUCAGGCAUUCCGUGGAAAUAACAAGUUGCAAAAUGCUUGCUUGGACUUUGGAGAUUAUGUGACAUUAGACUUGCUGUAAUAUUAUUUUCUAAUAGGGACCAAAUUCCUUGUUGAGUUUUUCUAAGAUUAGGAUUUUCUAGUAGAGCUAGGUUCUUACCCAACUGAUGCUUCUUGUUUUUCAUUCCGGCUGGUGGAGUUGUUGUUGUAAAAACGUUUAUUAGUCGGUUCUUAGUUUAAUCUUCUUCUGACUUA